ACCAUGGUCACAUAUUGAUUCGUGACAUAUCGCAUGAAGUACUCUGAUUUUUGCUUCUAUUCACAUAAUUUCUCCCAGUAUAUAUUUAGUCAAAACUUACCAACGUUGAAUAUUCAUUUCUUCUGCUUUCUUUCAUUUCAUUUCAACCUUGAAUCGUUAGAACAAUGCUUCAACUUGAAGUGCUUCUUCUCUAUCUCUUACCCGUUCUCUUGUUAAUCCUUCCCAUAAUACUCUUCUUCUUAACAAAAUCAAACAAGAAAGAAAAACAACUUUCUUCAUCUUCAAGCAACAACAUCACAAUCCCAAAAUCAUACCCACUUAUCGGCUCUUACUUAUCUUACAAAAACAACUUACACCGCCGCAUCCAAUGGCUCUCCGACAUCAUCCAAAUCUCCCCCUCCGCCACCUUCCAACUCGACGGCGCCUUAGGUAAACGCCAAAUCAUCACCGGAAACCCAUCCACAGUCCAACACAUUCUCAAAAACCAAUUCUCCAAUUACCAAAAAGGCACAUCCUUUACAAACACCCUCUCCGAUUUCUUAGGAACCGGAAUCUUCAACACCGACGGCCAAAACUGGAAGUUCCAAAGACAAAUCGCAAGCCACGAAUUCAACACCAAAUCAAUCCGUAACUUCGUGGAACACAUAGUCGACACUGAACUCACCAACCGAUUGAUCCCGAUCCUCAACUCAUCAUCCCAAAUAAACCAAAUCCUCGACUUCCAAGACAUUCUCCAACGUUUCACUUUCGACAACAUCUGCAAAAUCGCGUUUGGUUUUGAUCCAGAGUAUCUAACUCCGUCAGCGUCAAGUUCAACUAACCGAACCAAAUUCGCACUAGCAUAUGAAGACGCAAUGGAAAUAAGCUGCAAACGUUUCCGUUUACCGUUACCAAUCAUAUGGAAAAUAAAAAAAUACUUCAAUAUAGGUUCGGAGAAGCGUCUCAAGGAAGCAGUAACAGAAGUAAGAGAAUUCGCAAAAAAUAUAGUACGAGAAAAAAAACGUGAGUUAGAAGAAACAUCAUUGCUUCAAACAGAAGACAUGUUAUCGCGUUUUUUAAGUUCUGGUCAUUCAGAAGAAGAGUUUGUUACUGAUAUGGUAAUAAGUUUUAUAUUAGCAGGGAAAGAUACAACUUCAGCUGCAUUAACAUGGUUUUUCUGGCUAUUAUGGAAGAAUCCACAUGUUGAGGAAGAGAUAGUGAAGGAAGUGAGGAAAAAAUCUGAGUCGUUGGUUUAUGAUGAAGUGAAGGAAAUGGUUUAUACGCAUGCGGCGUUGAGUGAGAGUAUGAGAUUGUAUCCGCCUGUGCCAACGGAUAAUAAGGAAGCUGUGAAAGACGAUGUUUUACCGGAUGGGAGGUUUGUGAAGAAAGGGACGAUAGUGACUUAUCAUGUGUAUGCGAUGGGGAGGAUGAAGAGUUUGUGGGGGGAUGAUUGGGCUGAGUUUAGGCCGGAGAGGUGGUUGGAGAGAGAUGAGGUGAAUGGGAAAUGGGUUUUUGUGGGGAGAGAUUUGUAUUCUUAUCCGGUUUUUCAGGCUGGGCCUAGGGUUUGUUUGGGGAAAGAAAUGGCUUAUAUGCAAAUGAAAAGGAUUGUUGCUGGGAUUGUUGGGAAGUUUAAGGUGGUUCCUGAGGGGAAUAUGGAUGAACAUCCUGGUUUCAUUUCUUUUUUGACUUCGCAGAUGGAAGGUGGGUUUCAUGUCACCAUUCAGAAGAAGGUUCCUUGACUGAUUCAUGGUUGGUAGCAUCAUUCACGUUAAUUAUUAAUAGUAAUUGAUAGAAGAAUAAAGCAAAUAAAGUUGACUUGUUUGUUUGCUUUAAUGUUUAGAUUAAUUCUACAAUCUAGAGGCUUGAAUUUUAGGAUUGAAUAUGUAUACAGUACGUAUGAUAUAGCACAUUUUGUUUUGUUUGUUUGUCGGCUGUCGUUGUUGGAUGUUGCUUGAGGGAUGGUGUCAUGUUUUAUUUAUGGUAGGUACUUGGAGUUUGAUAAACACUUUGAUAGAAGUUUCAUUGAAUUUGUAUUCAUCAUUCAUUUAUUUAUUACUGUUUAAUUUUCUGAAUAUUAAUUUAUUUUUAAUGUAUUUAUAUUUGAAAUAAAUUUAAGAGUA